AUUUGACGGCUAAGAUAAUUUUAUGUUAAACAAGUCCCGAACUGGCAUUCAUGAUAAUGACGAACUGCAGACCAUCUUGUGAUCUGGUGUGAUAAAGAUUGUUAUAUGCAAGCCCCAUGGCCAGCCGCGAGGAUACGACGCCACGUCUGCUUAGCUCUCUGGUUGUCCUUCUGCACCUUUAAACAGCAAGUUAUACAUCCGUACUCACUGCCAACUUCUUUUGAGCUCGCUGCAAAGUAAGCUUCUCUUAAAACUACUUUGCAAUAUUAGCAAUAAACACGAUGAGUACCGCAUUAUCUCUUAGGCGCAGCAGUGACGAUCUAUGGAGCGACGCAAUUGCGCAGCUUAAUGAACAGCUGAGAAAUAUCAUCGACUUCGACCGUCUGGAAAAGCGAGAUAUCUGCGAAGUCAGAGCCUUGACGUUUCCGAGGGGGAAGAGCGGCGAGAAGGUCAUUGUCAGAGACGUGCUCAGCAAAGUAGUGAAAUGGAUUGAUCACUUCAAGCAGAUCGGAGACAUUCCAGUACAGUAUGAUCCUGGCCACGCCGCUCUGCCGUGGGCAGGCGUUCGGUUUCUACUCGAGGAUGUCAAAACCUUCGCUUCCGUUGUCGAGCAUAUACCGUUGAUAGCGGAGCUCAUCUGUCGCAGUGCGCUUAUUGAGGAACUGCUGCUGCGGUCCCUAUCCACUACCGCGGACGAGCUGCGGCAAGCGCUGGUCCUCCUCUACGUGAGGGUAAUGGACCAUCUUGCUCGUGCAAGGGCGUACAUUCUUCAGCAGCGUAUCUUGAAAAGUCUGUCUCUGGCAACCUCAGAUCUCGACGAGUCCUUCAACGCCAUCGACGGUGCCCAGGAAAAUGUUGAUCGGUGUUUUAAUUUAGCAAGCGUUCAAGCCAACCUCGAGAGACAUGGAGGCUCAAGAGUAUCCUCGCAAAAUUUCAGGCUCCACUGAACCGCUGGAGCGAGCAGUUGACGAAAAUCACGGACGAUCUUGACGGUGAGUUGCGGCUUCCAGCUUCGAGUCGGUCAGCUGACGACUCCCAGGAAAGAAGAGAACUGAGGUCCUACACUGGCUGUCUGCCGAGCCAUACCUCCAACACCAUGAACAAGCG